AUGAGCCAAGCAGCCGCGGGUAGCAGCGCGAAUGGCCUUGCGAAUGGCACAGCGAGUGGUAGCGGGAGUGAAGGAGGCGCGGGUUGGAUCCGCUGCAUGGACUUGCGCAAUUUCAUGUGCCACGAGGCACUCCACGUGGACUUUAUCCGCCACGUCAACUUUAUUACUGGUUCUAACGGAAGCGGCAAGAGUGCGGUGCUGACGGGGCUGUGCGUGGCGUUCGGCACGCGAGCUCGUACGACGAAUCGCGCGUCCGCCAUCAAGGACUUUAUUCGCACCGGAUGCAGCGCGGCGGUGGUAAGCGUGGAGCUGAACAACGAGGGCGAGGAGGCGUUCCGCCCUGACGAGUUCGGUCCGCGCCUCACGGUGGAGCGCCGCAUCACCGACAACGGCUCCUCCACUCUCGCACUCAAGGACUUCCGCGGGAGGAAGGUGCGCAGCAAGAGGGAGGAUCUGGACGAGCUCACAGCACACUUCAACUUGGACGUGGACAAUCCGUGCAUAGUGAUGUCGCAGGACAAGAGUCGCGAGUUCCUGCAUUCCGGCACGCCCAAAGACAAGUACAAGUUCUUCAUCAAAGCCACUCUGCUGGAAAAGGUCUCGGCACGUCUGGGCACCAUCUCAGGGCGGCUGGUGGUGUGCCGGCGGCAGCUGGGGGAGGCAGAGACAGCCCUGGUGCCCUUGGAAGAGAAGGCGCGGCAGGCGGAGCAGCUGGUGCGCGAGCUGGAGGAGGCGGAGAGCCGCGGGCAGGAGGCGGACCGCGUGACGAAGCAGCUGGCGUGGGCGUACGUGCACGAGGCGGAGCAAGAGGUGGUGGACGCGGAGAGGGCCAAGCACGAGGCGCAGGAGAGGGUCGCGGAGCUGGAGGAGCGGCUGGCUACCGCACAGAGUCGGGUGGAGACAGUGCAGCAGCAGAUGGAGCAGCACAUGGGGCGCGUGAAGGGUGUGCAGCAACGAGGUGGAGCGCGUCAAGGCGGAGCAGGACCGCUUCAGACAGCAGCUCGCCCAG